GAUGAGCACAAGAUCAAUUCCACGCUCAUCCGAUCCAUCGAUGUCGUCGUCAGACCAGGCAAGCCAACGGGUAGAGGAUAUAAGGUGAUGAGAGAAGGUAAAGAGGCGACAACACAAGAUACAGCAUCGUACGGGCUCUGAUGCGGCAGUAGUUCCCCUCCGCGGCCUGGCCAAGCAGCUCGACUUACCAAUACACGAGAGAGACACCUUCACCGGUUGGAACAUGCCCCAACCUAACGGCGAGCCCAUAAAUCUCAUCAUAGCCGUGUCCUUUGGGCUCUUUGUCCCUUCCCGCCUCAUCAACGCCUCCAAAUACGGCGGUCUUAACGUCCACCCUUCUCUCCUCCCAGACCUCCGCGGCCCUGCCCCGAUUCACCACGCCCUCCUUGCUGAGCGCAACUACACUGGCAUAACCAUCCAGACCCUCUCCCCGGAGGCCUUUGACGCAGGUAUCCCCCUGCUCCAGACGCCGGCGCCCGGGGUCCGCAUCCCCGAGGGAUGCACCCCGGAACAGCUGCACGAGAUCCUCGCCCCGAUGGGCGCCCAACUGCUUGUGCAGGCCCUCCGCGCGGGACUGCACGUGCCGCCGUACAGGCCAUAUGAUCCGUUACCUUCGGAACAGCAGCAGCAGCAGCAGAAGCAUCUGCAGCAACAGCAGGAGAAGAAGAAGGAGGAGGAAAAGGAGCGGCAGGGAGACAACGGCCAAGAACGCACCACAACGACACCCCACGCGUUCCCACCCCCGCCACCACCGCCCAUGCACGCGCCCAAGAUAACGCCGCAGGACAGACAGGUGCUGUGGACGUCGCAGGCCGCGCGCGAGGUGGCGGUGCGGCACCGGGUUCUCGGCUCGCUUUGGACGCAUGUACGGAUCGGAAGUCGUGGCAAGGGGGCUGGGAGGAGGAAAGGUAAAGGGAGAGAUGAUGGAGCGGGGGAAGAAGAAGGAGGAGGAGGAGGAGGAGGAGGAAAGGGGAGCGCAAGCGAGAAGAGGGCGAUCUUGGAGGACCUGUCAGUCGUUCCCGGACCGCCGGGGCGAGCGGCAGCGCGCGCUGGCGCCGCUGUUGAUGUUGAUGCUGCCCCUGCCUCUGCCCCUGCCCGGGAGAACUCUGACGGCGAUGGGACAGUUGUCUGGGUGGAGAAGACGCCUCUAUCUCGGACCAAGGAGGAACAGAGGAAGAACGGCGGGACAGUGGGAACGGAAAGCAAGUGUGUCACGUUGCCGUACUGGGUGGAUGCUGACGGGGAGGGCGUCGUUGUGCGGAUGUCGAAUGGCUCGUGGCUGAGAAUCGGAAGGAUCAAAGUCGAGGGAUCAACAUCCAAGCCUGCGAGGUUGGUUCUCGGUGCUAGAUAAUGAAGGCGAAGGUUGCUAGCACGAUGUAGAGGGGCAGUUGUAUGCAAUUCGACGCAAAUAAACCUUAUUAAGAAAGCAUUUUGGAAGAGCUUCCGAUGCUUGGAACGUCGGACCGGUAGGGGUCCAGUAACAUUAGUGUGGCAGUCAAGUUGCCAUACCAGACCACGUCCG